CCUGAUCCGCAUCCACCCACCAUGGGGAAGAUCACCUUCUACGAGGACCCGGGCUUCCAGGGCCGCCACUAUGAGUGCAGCAGCGACCACUCCAACCUGCAGCCCUAUGUCAGCCGCUGCAACUCGGUGCGUGUGGACAGCAGCUGCUGGAUGCUCUAUGAGCAGCCCAACUACGCGGGCAGCCAGUACUUCCUGCGGCGCGGGGACUACCCGGACUACCAGCAGUGGAUGGGCAUCAGCGACUCGGUCCGCUCCUGCCGCCUCAUCCCCCCGGCUGGCUCGCACAGGAUCAGGCUCUACGAGAAGGAAGAUUACAGAGGCCAGAUGGUAGAGCUCACUGAGGACUGCCCCUCUCUUCAAGACCGCUUGCACUUCAGUGAGGUCCACUCCCUCCACGUGCUGGAGGGCUCCUGGGUCCUCUACGAGAUGCCCAACUACCGGGGGUGGCAGUACCUGCUGAGGCCGGGGGACUACAGGCACCACCACGACUGGGGGGCCACGAGCGCCCGCGUGGGCUCCCUGAGGAGGGCCAUGGAUUUCUACUGA